AUGGUCCUUAUGGCAUUGGCCACCAGUCAUCAGCAUCCCAUCAGCAAUCAGGGCGGCUCCAAUCCGCAAAAUAUAAAUUCACCAGACGACGAUGGAAAAUCUAAAAUAAACGAAAGCCGUAGCGAAUGCCAGAAAUUCCGAACCAGUCAAGGGAUUGUAGCCUUGAUGCUUGGGUCAAACGAGCAUCUUCGUGCCUCGUGCGAGGAUCAUGUUAGAGUGACUAACACCAUCGCUUCCUGUGUUUCUGCCAGCGUCAGUGAUUCCAGCACGGUGGAUAGCAUUUUAAAUGACGAAUCAGCGAAUAGAUAUGCUGCCGGUGCAGUGGAAACCGGCGAGAGUAAGGCUGAGGGCAAAACAGCCAGUAGACCGGCAUCUUCAUGCAGUAGCGGCAGCAGUUCUUCCUCGUCCGAUAUUCAACAGCACUUGCAGUCGAUGUUUUGCUUACUACGACCGGAGGAAACGCUCAAGAUGGCUGUAAAACUGGAAUCUUUACGGACGGGUCGGACGAGGUAUUUGGUCGUGGUAUCGCGCACGGUUACAAGCAAACGCCAUAACAACGGCACGUUAUACCUAACCGGGAACGGAAACACGAGCGGUACCUCGAAUGGUACCAUCUCACCAUGGCCAUUAUCAGCGACGCCGGUAACCAUCACCGCCUCCACCACGUCUCAACACGUUGGUCGAACCUGCUUGGCGCUAUCCGGUACGACGGUGACUAUGGCCCACAUGCGCCACGAUAGCUGCACCAGCGAGACAUUUGCCGGCAUCGAUACAUUUGUGUCCAGUUUGGACAACUGUGUCCUUAAUGUUGGUUCCAUCAGCGGCGGUCGAUUGCCCGACGGACACGUACCGUGUAGGAGUGAUCAAUGUGAUAGUAAAACUAAUAAUAGGUUAAUUAAUAGCACCGUAACCGCUGAGAUGGUACCAUCAAUCAGCAGUACCGACUGUGUCGGCGAACCUUCAACUACACCCGGUUCGGACGAACUGACGCACAGCGAUAAGGCAGACUGCUCACACGAAUCCGCAAGCGCCUUCAGUCAUGGAGAAUUGCAACAUCAACAGUACCAGAACCAGCAUUCGAACAGCAACAGUGCCAUCUCCGUGGAUGGAGGGAAAAAGAUUGAAGAAUCCUGUCUCCUCGGCAUUGAUUGCAACGAACGUACGACCGUAGGAUUGGUGCUGAAAGUACUUGCGGACACAUCCAUACGGUUAGAUGGUGAUGGAGGGUUUAGCGUCAGCUCCUGCGGCAAGCAGCACAUAUUUAAGCCGGUUUCGGUACAGGCAAUGUGGUCCGCACUGCAGACGCUGCACAAGGCAUCGUUCAAGGCACGGGAGCACAACUUUUUUGCCGGUGGACCAUCGCACGACUGGGUGUCGUAUUAUGAAGCGCACAUUGAUUCAGAUCGUUCCUGUCUAAACGAAUGGAAUGCUAUGGACUCGCUCGAAAGCCGACGGCCACCGUCACCGGGCUCCAUUCGUAGCAAACCAACCGAGCGGGAGGAAACGGAAAGUGUAAUACGUUCCAAGCUAAAGGAGGUGAUGAUGUCGGUGGAUCUGGACGACGUGACGUCGAAGUUUAUUCGCGGUCGGUUGGAAGAAUUACUGGAUAUGGAUCUUGGCGAGUACAAACCUUUUAUCGAUGCCGAAAUGCUCGUUAUCCUCGGUCAGAUGGAUGCACCGACGGAGAUUUUCGAUCACGUGUAUCUCGGUUCGGAGUGGAACGCAAGCAACCUGGAAGAGCUGCAACGCAACGGCGUCCAUCACAUACUGAACGUAACACGCGAAAUAGACAAUUUCUUUCCCGGGUUGUUUCAUUACUGCAACGUCCGUGUGUACGACGACGAGAAAACGGAUCUACUGCGACACUGGGACAACACAUUCAAGUUCAUCUCACGCGCCAAAAUGGAGGGAUCGAAGGUACUAGUGCACUGCAAAAUGGGUAUCAGUCGAUCGGCCUCGGUCGUGAUUGCGUACGCGAUGAAAGCAAACGGUUGGAACUUUGAGCACGCGUUGCGUCACGUUAAGGAGAAGCGCAGUUGCAUCAAACCGAACAAAAACUUUCUGAUGCAGCUUGAAACGUACCAGGGAAUGCUGGACGCGAUGAAGAACAAGGAGAAACUACAGCGCAGCAAGAGCGAAACGAACCUGAAGCUGGCCGGUGCAAAGGAGGGUCGUUCGUUACCGGGUAGUGAACCGACACCGCUGAUACAGGCACUCAACGGUGCUGGUGGAGUUCAAACCGGUAAAAAGCAACCCUCUAAUGGCGUCCUGCUAGCGUCUGCGGUAGGAAAGAUUAGCCACACUACGGAAGUCGUCGAUUCCGAUCUUUCUAGUGCCGGAGGUGUUGAGAAAGCAACAUUGGAAGGAAUUGGAAGGAUUGGAAGUGAUGAAGGAGACGCUGGUCUAGAUCGGGGACGGGCACGCACACGUCAUACGAAACAACUACUUGCUCAUCAGCAUAGCACGAAACAGCAGGAUCUACUGGAAGCCACCACACAACAAUCGCAACCAGAGCUGCUAAUGUUGACUCCUGAAAAUCCAUGCAUCCGCUCGAAGCACAGUAAAAUUAUGACAAAUCUCUUCCUUCCGGCGACAACGAACAAAACGUUCGCCCCUUGCGAAGGCAGAAUUUGUACGCGCGGUUCCGGUGCAUUAAAGCGCCACAAAAGUCUCUCACCCGACUCGUUAAGUUCUCGCUGGUCUGACAACUAUGAUUUUGAGGCAUCGUCCCUAGCGUACGCGGAAAAGUCAUUUCCAGCAACUGUCAGGGCGUCACGUACACGCACCAUGCUUGAACUGGUAGAUAAUCAAGCGGAAUCGUAUGUCGUGGCCGGUCCCGCCGGUUCUGGACGUCGGAAGCAGCAAAGCUACUCCCUGGAACAUCUGCACGGUGGUGCACUUGAAAUGCGCUCACCCUGCACAGAAACGAAAACGAUCCGUAUGCCAUGUGGCAAUGGACAGAACUACAGCGUCUCACCGAACCAGAUAGUGCACCUCCAGGACAAGCUGCCGGCGAACGAUGUACGCAAAACGGUUUCUUCCAGCCUGGCGACGACCGAUACGGCUUCUUCUUCGUCCGCGACAACAACGCGAACAGCAAGCUUCCUUCGGAAGCUGUUCCCUAACAGCAUCGGAACCAGUGAGCAGGGUUCCGGUGACACAGCCCAGCCACUUACUGCAACAGUGCCAUCCUCUAUACCGUCGUCUUCAUCCGCAUUGGGGUCUUCAUCCGCAUCCUCGGUGAAAACGAUCGUCAACGAACUAGAAUGUAACAGUAGCAGUAGCAAUAUACCGAUUGCACCACCCCCGCUGCUGACAGAUCCUGGUACAAUAUUGUCCACAGUUGUGCCGAUACCGAUUGCAUCCGUGGCGGCUGAAGCAGCGGCAGUGGCGGUUGCCUCUGCCAUUCGUGAAGCGACACGAAAGGAUGUACCCGAGCAGAAGGAAGUGAACGCACCUUCUACCGUGUCGUUUGACGCUGGAGGCGAUAAUUGUACGAACAAUCCCGAGCAGUGGGACCCCGGAGAGGCCGGCAAUAAAAGCGAACUUAUUUGUUGGACGUCUUCUACGCAAAUCAUUCAACAGUGCCCGGCGGGUGGAUUUACGGAUCCAAAUCCCAUCGACGGUGCGAGCAGUGUAGAGCAGCUGUGCGAAGUUGCAUCUGAAACGGAGGCUGGAAACUACUGCUGCCCCAGCAAGACACCGCGUGAGGGUGUAAUGCGCCAAUGUUCCUGGAGUAGUUGUGAUUCGAGCUGCACCGGAACGGAUGAAUCGCGAACAGGUUCAUCCUACAUCGGGAGUAUUAGCCAACGGCGUCUGACCACAGCGGGCCAACCCGGUCCAGCGGUAAACAGUGGUAGUGUAGCGUCAAUCGAAGAAAAGGAAGAUAUACCGUGGCAUCCCGGUACGGUGAAACGCACGAAGAAACGCAUCGAACAACGCAAUACGAAUGCGGUCGGUGGGCCGAUAAAAUGGAACGCACCUUUGCCAGCGCCAUCGUUAGCAACCACUCCGUUGAUGGUAGUCGAAAAAAGUUCUGCAAUUGAAGAGGUUGCAUCAACUGUUCACACAACUGAUCAACAGCAAUCGCAAAAACAUACGCAAGAUGAGACGGGACACGGGGACGGCUAUCAGCAGGCCGCCCGUGAACGUCAGGGAAUGGUUUCGUCAAGUUACGCCCGGCUGUCGGCCUCGGCCCCGGAUUCGUAUAAUCUUUAUGCGGAACCAGCCAAUCGGGCUGUUGAGUCGAGCGGCAUGACGAGUGUAAUUUCCGAGCCAUUCCCCGCCAAACGUCAAGUCAAGCUGAAAAAUCAGCACUCGUUUGCCGGUACUGGUGACGGUCUGUCGCGUACAGGUGAGCCCUCAACAUCCUACUGUUUGCGAGUGAGCUUUCGGGGCGGUACCGUCGGUUCCGGCGAUCGCUAUCAGCCCACCCAAGAGCAGGCCGACGGAGCUGAGGAAGAUACGUUCAACGCUGGCAAGGUGCGAAAUCUGAAGAUGAGCUUUGAAGCGAAAUCGAACGACCGUCGACAAGGACCGAAGAAGGUACGAUCGCUUCCAUCCUCUCCUGUUGCUGUGCACGUAUCGAUGGGUAGUCAAACGAAGCGAGCGUCUGUGCAACCGGCGUCCACCGUUAGCUCGUCCGCAACGUCCUCAGCAAUGUCACCUUCAUCAUUACUAUCUUCGCUGCCCGGGGCAGUGUCGGGACCGGUAGCAUCGAACAAAACCAUACACCCGAGCAUCACACCACCCGAGGAUGUUACGGUGCGUGAUCUGGUCGAUCGAUACGAGGUGCAAGGUCCUCGCACACGUACAACCGGCAGCAAUUCACUUUCCCGUACCCAGCGACCACGAUCGGUAUUCGAACCGCUCAAACAGAGCGGUGCCGGCAAACCGUUCACACCACCCGCUAGCUUACUGUCUCACUCCACCACGCAGUGGCGUCUCGACGACUCCAUGCGGCCACCGGUGCCUCCACUGGUACGUGGAUUAGUGAUACCGCAACACAGCGGGAGUGGUACAAGCACCGUAUCCUAUAAUAAUAACAGCAACAGCAACACGGGCACGAAUUGCAGCAAUUACCACGCGCAAUCGGGUCGCGUAUCCUCCGGCACCGUUAGUGUUGGUAAUGCCAGCAAGAAUAAUGCUAGAAACAAUAACACGCGAAUAAUGCUUCAGUCGGGCGGAUCGGGCGAAGGUGUCGUUGCUAUAGGUACGGUGGGAGGAAAAAGACCGCAGCAACAUGGUCGGACACAUCCGCUGGCUAAAAUAAGCCCAAGCGCCCGGCAUCACCACCAUCACCUGCAUGUGCAACACCAUCAUCAUCUGGUGCAUCAUCAGUAUAACAUUGGACAGUUGCAGCAACAUCGCCACAUCGGCACGGCACCGGGCCCGGGUGUAUCCGGUACAACAGGCCCAUCCGCCACUGUCGCCGCCAAUGCUUACAACACGAUGUGA